ACGCCUAAAAUAUAAAAUGAACACCGUCGCCUUGGCCUUGAUAGUUGAUCCGCCGCCACCUCUGCCGUAUUCGUAACUUAGUUUUCUGCUCUGUUAUAUCUUCUUGUAAGAAGGGAUUUACCAAUUACCACUACUCCUACCUUUUCUGAUUUCUCUCGCUGCUCCAAAUUCUUCCUUGCCCUCGUCUCGUUUCACAACUUUGACUGCAGACAUUGUGAUGGGGAAAGAGGGGGAGCUUUGGGACGAUUCUGCCCUAAUUAAAGCCUUCGACCACGCCAUUUCCAAAUAUAAGAUGAUGCAUGGAAAGGGUGGAGACAAGGCCAUUAUUAAUACCGAGGAAAAUUUACCAGGCGCUGGAGCUGAUAAUGGAAGCAUUGAGAAUGGCUCCAACACUGAAUUUGUCCAGAAUGAUGACAGCCAUUUCAAUGGGCUGGAAACCGCAACAAAAGUCGUGGAGACUGCAGAGAUUUUAGUAAGCACAGAAGAUUCUCCUUCGGAGUUGGGUUCUUCUGCACAAUGUGUUGAUAUUUCCAAUAUUCAAGAGCGCCAUGUUCCACCCACCAAUGACAUUUCUGCUACUACAUCAGUUUCCCAAGGCGAACAUACAGUCUCAACUGAUUUAAAAUAUCAAAAUGACACAACGUGCUAUCUGGAUGGUUCAGAAGAGUAUAGCAAGUUGUUGAACAAAUAUUAUGAGGUCGAGAAUCAGAGGCAGCAUAUUCUGCAGCAACUUAACCAAUACAGUAAUUGGGAUCAUCAAUAUCCUUUUUCUAGUACAUCCGCAACCCAAGAGUAUCAAGCGUCUGUUCCCCAACCUUAUGAAACUGUAGCUUGUAACUGUCCAUAUGGCUGUCAAAAUUGGGUUGUUCCGUGCAAUUCAUCACCUGCUGCUUAUUCUGGCAGUAAAUAUAUUCAUACUACCUGUCUUGCUAAAGGCUCUCCGGAUGCGAAUUCUGGGUUAAAAAAGGAUCCUGAUUUUGUUAAUACGGCGAUGGCUGCUGCUGAAAAGGCACUUUCAUUAACAAAGGAAGCAAAUAAAGGGACAUUCGAAAGCAGGCAAUCUCCUGAAAGCAAGUCUGCAACAGAUCUUGAUGUUGUUCUGAGUGCUUGGUACACUGCAGGCUUCUAUACUGGAAAGUAUGUUUCUGAGCAGUCUUCAGAGGGAAGUAAACAAGGUCAAGGCGUUUGAGGUUUGGAGUCUUAUGAUGUAAUUUAAGCAACAGAAAUCAUGUCCUUUAAACAAGCAUGAGGAUAUUGCACUUUGAUGCAUACUGUUUCUGCAGUCCAACCGUUUUGAAAUUAUUAUUUUCAUUUA